AUGUCGACUUUGAUGGAUGGGGUCGAUGGGUUAGUCGGUGUAGUGAAAGCAACGGAUCAGGAAUUUGGUACUUUGUCGGCUUCUUCUUCUUCGAUCGGGAAGAACAGUGCGGAUGAAGAAGGCGGAGAGAAUGAGGCCGAGUCUCCUUACAAGGGACCUCUUGAUAUGAUGGAUUCUCUCGAACAAGCUUUGCCCAUCGGGAGAGGUAUAUCCAACUUCUACAAGGGGAAAUCAAAGUCGUUUAGCAACUUGAAGGAAACUGAAGCAACACAAAUGAAAAAUUUGGGGAAGCCACGGAACCCUUACAGUAGCCGACGGAAGAACCUCCGCAGUCACCGGAUUCGCAUUCGCGGUGGGAUUUCCAAAAACCCACUCAAGACCGCUUUCACGUUGACUUUGACCAAAGAUUCUUCCUCCGCCGACGAUGAUGACUCGUCUUCCGAGUCCCAAAAACAUGGCAAGCCAUUGCACCCCAGACAUACCAAUGGGUCUUGUGUCCCCGUUAUAGAUUCUCCCUCCGCGCAUAAAAAUACACAUAAUAUUAUAUGUUAG